UCUCACUCGCCAGUCUCAGGCAGCUCGUCGCGCACUGCAGCGAGCAGUCCUGACCGCAGCCAUGAUUAUGCGGCCUCGGACGCCGCUCGUCCUUUGGAUCCUCUCCCUCCUGUCCGGCCUGCUCCUCGUUGCUGCUCAGCAGCCCGACUCCUCGGUCACAUACUUCCCGAACCUUCCCAGUAGACUCUUCUUCUUCGAAGACACGACCACUGCUGUAUACCAUGACCUGAUAGACGGGAACGUGUACGUGUCACAAGACGAGGGCAAGUCGUGGUCGCGAGCGGAUGGAAUACCGGAGGGGGACGCAUCCAUGGUCAUAGAGCAUCCCUUUGACAACAGCUAUGCUUUCGUUCUAACCCGAGGCAUUUACCACUACCGCACCGCCGACCGAGGCAGGACAUGGCAGGGGUUCGAGAUGCCCAUUCCACCGGCUCUGGUGGGCAAACCGCUUUCGUUCCACUCGGACCCCAAGAAGUAUGGAUAUAUUCUCUAUCAAGGUACCUUUUGCCAGUCCACCGGCGGUUGGGGCAGUGUCUGUCACGAUGAGACAUACUACACGCUAGACGCAUUUAGCGACACACCAGAGCUUCUCCUCUCCGAGACAUCCCGCUGCCAGUUCGCACAUAGCAGCGCGGACUUCAAGCAUGAUGCCCACCCGGACCUCAUCUACUGUGUCGCUUUCGACACUAGCACGUCCACGGGUAUGCAUUCGUUGUCGGCAAGCCGCUUGUACUCUUCGACAAACUUCUUCGAAGACGACAUCAAAGUCGAAGACCUCGGGAUUGGAAAGAACGCCCGCGGCGUCGUGGCAUUCGCCAUCGUAUCGAAGUUUGCAGUAGUAGCACUGCGAGACCUUAGCCCCUCCGGUGACGGCGAGAUGCUUCUCUAUGUCUCCGUAGACACCAAGACGUGGGCCAAGGCGCGUUUCCCUCACGCGUCCUCUGCGCGUCUCAGGGAGAACGGCUAUACAAUAGUAGAGUCGACGACGCACUCACUGGCGGUGGACGUCAUGCUUCAAGAUAUGACAACGACAAUCGGGACGCUGUUCGUCAGCAACUCGAACGGGACAUUCUUCGUGGAGAGCUUGAAGGAUACAAACCGUAACGAGAUGGGAUACGUGGACUUCGAGAACCUGUACGGCAUUGAAGGUGUCGGGCUGGCCAAUAUAGUCUCAAAUGCCGGGGAAGUGGAGGGCCGUAGGGCACAGAAGCAACUCCAGACGAGAAUCACCUUUGACGACGGACGGACGUGGUCCCGCCUCGUCCCACCCUCUAGCGAUAGCGAAAAUCAGCGUAUCUCGUGCAAUUCUAACGACGACAGCUGCUCGCUGCACCUGCACUCCGUGACCAUCCCUCACAACUUCGGUCGCGUGUUCUCGUCUCCUGCCCCUGGUUUCGUCAUGGGCAUAGGAUCUAUUGGCUCGCACUUGAAGCCGUAUGACGAGGGCGAUACGUUCCUCAGCACGGACGCGGGCCUCACAUGGUCGAUGGUUCACAAGGACGCCCACAAGUAUGAGUUUGGCGAUUCCGGAAGCAUCGUGGUGCUGGUCAAUGACGAGGAGAGUACCGACGAGAUCACGUACUCGAGCGAUCUUGGAAGGACUUGGCGUACCUUCAACUAUGGCUUCACCAUGCGUGCGCGUAUCCUGACGACGGUGUCAGACUCUACAUCGCAGAAGUUCGUGCUCGUCGGUCAAGUGUCCAAGCGAGACAUGGACGGUCGUGGACGUUAUGCUGUCGUGUUCCUAGACUUUGCCCCCAUGCGCUCGCGCAAGUGUGGUGACAAUGACUUCGAGCGGUGGUACGCUCGCUCGAUGACCCACGAGUGUCUCAUGGGCCACAAGCAAUGGUACAGGCGCCGAAAGCCGGACGUGGACUGCUACGUCGGAGAGGAGUUCCAUGAGCCCAUAGAGCACGAGGAGAGCUGCCCGUGCACGGACGAGGACUAUGAAUGCGACUACAACUUCGUCCGGCAGGGCGAUCAGUGCGUCCCUGUAGGACCGGAGCCUAUUCCUGCGGGCGUGUGUCCUCCCGACAAUCCGAAUGCGAUGUACAUGGGUUCGUCAGGCUAUAGACUCAUCCCGGGCAACACCUGUGACAGGGAACGCGGCGUCAAGAAAAACGAUCCUAUCAGUAAGCCUUGUGCCAAUGCGCAACCUGCUGAAGGCGAGAUCGUCCAUCAAAUCUUCGAGUUCCCGGCUCCCGUCGUGCAAUUCGCGUAUUUCAAGGAUUCUACGACGAUACUUGUUCGCCUGGAAGAUCACACUGUCUGGCAGUCGAGCAACGAAGGCUACACCUGGCAGCAAGUCCAGCCUGGGGAACGUUUCGUCGCCUUCUACCAUCACGCCUACAGUCACGAUCGUGCGUACCUCAUCACUGGCACCAAACAAUUCUACUACACCACCGACACCGGGAAGACGUGGCUGCCUAUGAACGGACCUCUACCACCUAACAACCUCGGUCUACAGAUCUUGCAUUUCCAUCCGGUUAUCUCUGACUACCUGAUUUGGAGCGGCAGCGAAGGCUGUGUCGGGUUCGGCGAGAGCUGUAACGUGCAAGCGUACUACACCCGCGAUAACGGACGUAAAUGGAACUUCAUCGAGAAGUACGUCCGAAACUGCGCUUGGGCUCGGGAUGCCGAGCUAGACGUGGACCCACACCAGAUCAUCUGCGAGGUCUACAAGAAUCAACAGGGCAAUCAGAGGUUCUUCCAGUUGGAGAACCCACUACAGUUGAUCAGUGGGCGGAACUUCUUCGAGAAAAAGACGAAGCUCUUCGACCACGUUGUCGGAUUUACCAAAUUUAGCGAGUUCCUGAUAGUCGCGGAGUAUCAGGCACAACGGCAGACGCUGGAUUUGCAAGUAUCUCUGGAUGGACGGACUUUCGCGAGCGGGAUGUUCCCUCCCGAUCUACGACCGGACCAACAUGCAUACACUAUCCUGGAAUCAACCACCAUGUCUGUGUUCUUGCAUGUCACUACCUCGGAGCGGCCGAAUCCAUACUGGGGAAGCAUCUUGAAAUCCAACUCAAAUGGGACAUACUACAGUAUUUCUCUCGAGAACGUCAAUCGCAAUGAUGCAGGAUACGUCGAUUUCGAGAAGAUGAUCGGCCUAGAUGGGAUCGCCCUGGUCAAUGUCGUAUCAAAUACACUGGAAGCCACUUUGACAGGACGCAAGGAACUUGAGACCCGCAUCACCCACAAUGAUGGCGGAACUUGGAAGCGGCUGGCACCCCCUCCCAAGGAUUCUCUCGGCAACCUAUAUUGGUGUGACAGCACCCGUUGCGCACUGCACAUCCACGGAUACACAGAACGCUAUGAUGCGCGUGCGACUUACAGCACGCCGUCUGUGCCUGGUCUGCUCAUGGCCGUUGGGAACGUCGGCGAGACGCUAGCGGACUACACUGACAGUGACACGUUCCUGAGUCGCGACGCCGGCUUUACCUGGGAAGAGGUCCACAAGGACGCUCAUCUUUGGGAGUUCGGCGACUCCGGAUCCAUCCUCAUCAUGGCGAAUGACGAGGACGCGACUGAUCACGUGCUCUUCAGUACUGACGAGGGCGGGAGCUGGCGAGAGUACAAGUUCACUGACGAGAGGAUACGGGUCAAGGAAAUCGUCACCGUUCCAUCGGAUACUAGUCGACGGUUUAUCCUUAUGGGAUAUUAUCCCCGCUCGCCGGCCGUUCACGUUGCUGUUCAUAUCGACUUCUCGGCCCUCACAUGGAAAGAGUGUACCUUCAGCGUAGAGGACCCAGGUCACGACGACUUCGAACUCUGGAGUCCAAGCGAGAAUCGAAACGAGCUGUGUCUCUUUGGCCGACAGACCAUGUAUCAUCGGCGUGUACGCGAUGCCAGCUGUGUCGUUGGCAGUCGUCCGAAGGUCGAGGCGAAGGUAGUGCGGAAUUGCGCUUGCCAGGAAUCUGACUUCGAAUGCGAGUUCAACUACUACAGGGACGAGAGCGGCGAAUGUGUCCUCGUUCCAGGCGCGGAGCGGCUUGCCGACGACGACUCGUGUAAGGGCGACGAUGAUUACUGGUAUGAGCGCACGGCCUAUCGCAAGAUUCCCUACUCCAGUUGCGAGGGUGGCAAGCGCCUUGAUCGCGGAGCACAACACGUCUGCCCUGGAUUCAAGGCGCAUGGCGCGUUCUUCUGGCUCAUGAUGUUCUUCAUCCCGUGCGCGUUCGCAGCCCUCGCUGGAUGGUGGUACGUCCGUAGGCGCGCAAGAGGAGCCAUUCGUCUACCCGGCGGAGACCUAGGCCCAAGAUACGUAGGCGACUCCGGCGUCCUUGACACGCUCGCAUCGGUGCCCUACUUCAUCAUGGCUGUGUUGGGGGCGACGUGGGAGACGAUCGUAGAAAAGUUUGGAGAUGCCACGACAGGCAUGCGCACGCGCAGCGGGUACCGGUCGGUGCCCAUCGACGAGGAUGCGCAGAUCCUAAGAUUUGAAGACGAGGAGUAGGAUAAUGGGAGGUAUAUCGGUUAGUGCUGUUGUCUCGAUAAGUACAGUGUAGUCUACCUCGUUUCGCUGUACAUCGACGUUCAUCUAUGUAUCAUAUUUAUUUCCACCUC